CCACCAUUCAUAAUAUACGCGACCGCCUACCUUGCAAGUUGGCCCAAACGCACGCUCCUAACACAAGUGUACGCUACCAGCAAAGAAACUAAAAACAACAACAAGCGAGAAUGCAGGAUCAACGUUUAAAGGAUUUUCUCAAAGAGUUCAUCAUCAGCGACUCACAGCUACAAGAGCUGUACAAGCGUUUCACCGCUGAAAUACAGAAAGGCCUAACGCAGGCGACACACCAGCAAGCGGAUAUCAAGUGUUACAUGACCUAUGUGCAAGAUUUGCCAACGGGUGAUGAGCAGGGCAAUUAUUUGGCGCUCGAUUUGGGUGGCACGAAUUUUCGCGUUUUACGCGUCUCACUGCAGGGCCAUCAUGAGGCGGAAAUCGAUUCGAAAGUGUAUGUUGUGGAUAAGGAAUUGAUGACUGGGCAUGGCACAAAGCUUUUCGAUCACAUUGCCAACUGUUUGGCAGAGUUUGUGAAUGAGCACUCAUUAAAUGAUCAACAUUUGCCACUCGGGUUUACAUUCUCAUUUCCAUGCAUACAAUUGGGUUUGACAAAAGCGCUAUUAACGCGCUGGACAAAGGGUUUUCAAUGUGCUGGUGUGGAGCAAGAGGAUGUGGGCCGCUUGCUGAAGGAAGCCAUUGCACGACGUGGUGACUUGGAGAUCGAUGUCAUGGCUUUGCUGAAUGACACUACGGGUACACUAAUGUCCUGCGCGCAUCGCAAUCCCGAAUGUCGCAUUGGUGUUAUUAUCGGCACGGGUUGCAAUGCAUGCUAUGUGGAACGUGUGGAAAAUGCCGAUUUAUUGGAACCUGUAUAUAAAAUUGAUAAGCCGACUAUAUUGGUGAAUACGGAAUGGGGUGCAUUUGGCGAAAGCGGAAAAUUGGAAUUUGUGCGCACAGAUUAUGAUCGUAAAGUUGAUAAAGACUCGCUGAAUGCGGGCAGUCAGCUGUUUGAGAAAAUGAUAUCAGGCAUGUAUUUGGGCGAGUUGGUGCGUCUAGUGCUAGCCGAUGCAAUAGCGGAAAAUUUGAUAUUUGCGCGCAACAGCGAAAAAGAACGUUUUAUACAAAUUCUUAAAGAGAACACUGGUUGUAUUGAAACACGUUUCAUUUCGGAAAUUGAAAACGACACAUUUCCGGCCUUUCAACAGACGCGCAAAAUACUCAAAGACCUGCUUGGCUUAGAGAAUGCCUCUGUGGAAGAUUGUCAAAAGCUAAGAUAUAUUUGUGAAUGCAUUUCGAAGCGUGCAGCCAAAUUGGCGGCAGUGGGUUUAAGUGGUCUAAUAAAUAAAAUAGCUGAGCCACAUAUCGUGGUUGGCGUAGAUGGUUCGGUUUAUCGACUUCAUCCGCACUUCGACAAUUAUAUGCGAGAGGCUAUGCAAAAAUUGGUAGAUCCGAAAAUAGUUUUUGAGCUUAUGCUCUCGGAAGACGGUUCCGGACGUGGGGCAGCACUGGUGGCAGCAGUGGCCAGUAAAAAUUAGGCAACAAUUCACAUUAAGCGAUGAAACAGUUGUUUUGUUUAAUGCAAUAAAAAAGAAAUUAUAAGUAAUUUAAGCACUUA